AAACAAAGAAGAGGUUAGUCCUAUGUCUAUUUUCAUAUUUAGUUUUAUAACUCAUGCAGUACAUGUAUCCCUCAUUUAAUGUUAAUUUACUUAAGGUUAAUUCGGUUUCGUGAUAAAAAAAAUCAUUUUAUGAGGUGGUCUUGUGAUUUUGUAGAAAUUUCAUUUACCGGUACAUGCCAAGGUUGUGUCCGUACAUCCUCCAGGUGUUACACAAAGCUGUAGAUAUUGUCUCUUAUCUCUCUGGAGUCAUAGAAUUUCACUUUUUCCUUUUUUUUUCCUUUUUUUUAAUAUUGAAAGUCUUAUUCAGAAGUGAAUGAUCACUACCAUUGGUUCUCAUUUCUAUUAUUUAAACAUUUGGUAGCCUGACAAUGGGUGAUGGUCCAACACAUCUUCGAUCUCAGCCAUCUAGGAGUGUACCACAGCACCGCCAUACUCCUACACACGAUGCUCAACGUGCUGGAGCAGCAGCUCUAGCAAGAAUGGAACAACAGUCAAAGAAGACAGAUGUUAACUGGUCCCUACAAGCCAUUAAGGCUCAGGCACGACGUGAACUUGAAGCUGAGCAAAAAGCUUUGGAACAAAUGACUCUAAGUGGACAAGAUAUACCACCAGGGCCUAAAGAAGUUAACCUAGAUGGUGCCCCCAUGCUGGCUGUCCAGGGGGUCUUCUUUUAUUGUUCACUCCUUGGCCCUGAGGUGGCAACAUACGAUGAAAUCAAGAGACAGAUACGUGAAUUCCUUUAUGCUCAGGUGGAGGAAGAUAAGGCCAUCUCCUCCUGCCUCAUCAUCCACACUUGUAAUAAGAAUAAAGAAAAGAUUAGCAUUUGUGUUGAAACUUUGUGCAAGUAUAUUGAAAACAUUGUAACUAACCCCACUGAAGAGAAGUUCCACAAGAUCAGAAUGUCAAACAAAGCUUACCAAGAGAGGAUCCUUCCUAUUGAGGGUACAAAGGAGUUCUUGGAGGCUGCUGGGUUUACAGAACAGGAGCUGCCAUUCAAUGAUAGUGCCGAAAAAUUUUGGGUGUUUCCUGAGGAUAAUCUGAGCGAUGUAGCUGCUCUGGAACAAUUGCGAGAUGCUCUUGUGAGUGCUGAGCCGGUACGCCCACAGCUUGAUCGCAGCCUUACCAUCCUUCUUCCUGCUGAAGCGGCCACACACAUAGACUUGCCAGCAGAAUUUUUCAACUUGACUGCCGAUGAAUUGAAACGUGAAAUGCAGAACAGAGCAACUGCUGUUGAGAGAAGUCAGAUGUUAUUAACAAAAGCCAUGAGAGAGCGACAGGAGUUAAGGGAGAUGAGAAAAUAUAGGUUUUCCCUUAUUCGGGUGCGGUUUCCAGAUGGUCUUAUUCUCCAAGGAACUUUUGGAGUGCAUGAGAAAGUUGAGGAAGUAAUGAAAUUUAUCAGGGAAUGCCUUGUCAAUGACUGGCGCCCAUUCUUCCUUUCCCUAAGUGGAGGUGGAAAGGUGACAGAAACGGAGCAGAGCCUUGUAGAAUUACGACUUGUUCCGGCAGUAGUGUUAAACUUCAAGUGGGACCCAAGCAUACAAGACCCCAACCUUGAUGAUUAUGUUUUCCUCAAUCCUGAGACACUGAUGCUCCUGCAGAGUAAACAACAAUGAACAGGAGAAGUUUAGUCUGGACAUGGAAACAAAUGGUAACCCUUAAGUGAAAUAACAUUUGCUCUUGUUUAUUUAUAUGUACUGUGGAUGUUGACUUUGAUAUUAUGUGUUAAGAUGAAAAUAUAAUAGGAAAUAUUUAUUCAGCACAGAGCUUGAAAAUGCAGUCAGAAAAAGAUAGUCAUAUUUCACUAAAUAAUGCUCAUAGUCUUUCUUUUCAUUUUUAAGUACCGGUAUAUAUUUUUUUCAUGUUGCUUUACUAUUCCAGGUAAUAUGUAUGAAGAUGGGUGUUAUAUUUAUUAAGAGGUAACUGUCAGCACUGUAUAUGUUUCUGUUCCAUGUGGACUGCUGAUUUUUUAUAUUAUCAUUAACCCCAGAUAAAUUCACCAAUAACAGAUCAUUUCAAAUACCUACUACAUAAAGGAAUUCUAUUUUAUACUGUACAUUUUACGUUUGCUCCUAUUAUCCAAGUCAAUGCUGACUUUAGUAAGUACAGUACUACUGUACUAAAGGAACGUUUUCUCUUUACUUGAUAGUUUACUUUGUACAGUACAGGCAGUCCCUAAGUUGCGAUCAUCUGACUUACAAUCAUCUGCAUUUAUGAGUACAUUGCGAAAAUUUAGAAUUGAAAAUCCAUUUUUUACAAUAUUUUCAUUAUUCUAUACAGUAAGUCCUCGUUUAACGUUGCCCCCGACAACGUUGUUUCAUUAUAACGUCGCUACACUUUAGAUACCCAUGAUUCGGGCAAGGUCCCGCCCAUUCGAUAUAACGUCGUCACUGACUACUUUGUGCGGCGCAUCACGCUCUCUCGCCCAGUCAGAGCAGAAGCAGGAGCCACCCUCCGGGUCUCAGUGACUCGCCAAUCGCCACCCUCCUCCUCUCCCACCCUCCUCUACUCCCACCCUCCUCCUCCUCUCCACUACCCACCACACACUCGCUCCUCCUCAGCCCAUCAGUGAGUACAAUACAAAAUGAUUUAGUUUAUUUAUCUUUUUGGAUGUAUAAUAUAUACUAUUUUCUAUAAAAAUUCCAUUGAAUUUAUGUACAGUAAUGUAUUUUUGGGGCAAAGGGAGUUUGGGGAACGUAACUAGCGUAUUUUAUCUAUUUCUUAUACGUAAGGAAAAUUUAUUCCAUUAACGUCGUGGUUUUCAGGAACGGUACCACGACGUUAAGCGAGGACUUACUGUAUUGUUUAAUAUCACUUUAAUUUCAGUAUUUACGUUAUUUGUUAUGUAUGGGGUAUUAAUGUUGUCUUGUAGGGGCAGGGUUGUGCUUUAACUUAACCCAAACUAUGGAAUUAACACUGGUCUGACUUACAAACAAAUUGACUUACGAUCAGGGUCCAAGAAUGUAUCCCUGUCGUAAGUCAGGGACUGCUUGUACUGUACUUGGAUUUGUUGAAUCAUUAUUAUUUAUCUUAAUGUUAUGAGCUUAAAAUUCCUCCUUUAAAUGUAUGCUUUUGUAUAGUCAAGCAUUAUUUGAUAGCAUAGUUCUUCAGGUAUCAUUUCCCAACAUAAUGAAUAAUAUUGGAUCAUUGUGAUAACAGUGCAGGUCUUUUUAGAGCGCCUGCACAAAUAUUCAAGUUCAUCAAUCAGUAGUAGCAUCACUCAGAGUACUGUACAGUGCUGCCCAAAAUUUAAAUUCAUUCCAUUGGUUUUCAGCAUCAGUGUUUUGAAGUCAUCCCUCAGCCAAAAGUGGGGAAGCUUAUUGUUUUACUCUGCAUUUUUCUUUGCAAGGUUGACACACCACUUGGUUAAUCCUGGUGAAAAUUUGCUUGCUUGUACAUUUUGAUUAAAUAAUGUGCAUAUGAGACACAUUUAUGUUCUUGGACUUGGGUUCUCCCAGAAAAGAAAAAAAAUUAUAUUUUUGCGGUCGGUUGAGAGGAACUUCUGUAUUUGCUUGCAGAUAUGACCUAUUGUCAUCCAAAUGAGCCUACAGUGAUCUACAAGAUUCUGGAUUUACACUAACACAACUUGACUUAAUGUGUGCAAUCGUUCACUAACACCUGGACAUUUAUACAGAAAAUAUCAUGUUGCAAAAAUGGGGAGUAAAUUUUAUUGGCCACACGCCAAACCCUAUUUUCAUGUUGAGAAAUUAUACAUUUGCAACAAGCAUUGCUGUACUGUACCACACAUGUUUGCUGAACACAUUGACAUAAUCAAAUGGUGUUUUAUUUCUGGAAAAGACUGUGGUUCCAGUGCUGUAUUUGUUCCUGAUUUUUUGCUCUAUUUUAUUAUAAACUUCCCAGUCCCCUAUUUUUAACAUAAUAUAUACAGUAUACCAAAAUUAUGUUGACUGCCAAAGAUAAUCCUGCGGCUUUACUUUCUUUACUUUUCAAGAAUUUUAUUAUACUUGUUCUGCAUUUUUUUUAUACUACUGGUAUAAGAGAAAUAUUGCUAUAUUUUUAUAACUGUAUAUCUGUUAGGUGUGCCUUGUGAGUUGUUCACUCCUGCAGACAAUUAUCAGGAAUUAACCUAAACAGCAUUGUUGUUUAUCACUAGACUUGAUCAAUAUCCCUUAUCCCACCAUAAUUCACAAAUUCACAGUACAGUACAGUAGUUGAUCUUAGUUUUAAGCAGUAAGUGCACACAUGUCAUAUCAGAAUACCAACCCUCAAGUUUUGGACAUUUUUGUAGCUACUAAGCAGUACUGUAUUUCCUGUGUAAAAUAUUUACUGUACCAGGUAAUCCUUGCUGACUACUUUUAAGGAUAGGUGCAAGGUCUGACAUAAUUACCAUGUAUUGUUUCCUUGAAGUAGUUGUUCUGUACUCACAGGGUUAAGUUACAUUUACUUUUUUUCUCAUUUUCUCAUCCAGAUUGAACAUAGAUGUAUACACACCACGAACAUUACAUAUAUUAGAUAUAGUAUACAGGUACUGUACAUACUUGUACACACCCAGACACAAAAGUGAUUCGAGCAUCAAUGAUUAUUUCUUGCAAAGUAAAUAAUCCACCCUUUUAUCUCUACUAUGUGAUAUUAGAAUAUAUCAGGUAUAUGCUUAGAAAUGGCCUCAAAAUCAAGAUAAGAAAUUAAAAUUAAUUACAUAUAAAGCUUCAUACAUGAAGUGCAGAGGAAAAAGCAGUGUUUUAUCUCAGUAAUUUUAGUUACAGCAGCCUUCACACUAUCCUAAAUCUCAUAGUACAUGUCGAAAGUUCUCUAUUUUGCUUUGACUGUUGCUUAAUUAAGAAUUGCAGAAGCUACUGAAACUGAAAAUAUGGCACUGAAAAGAUUGAGGAUUGCUGUGGAAAGUGAACAUAUGAGAAUCGUAAAGGGAGGGAUACAGUAAAAGGUAGAUAUAAUUACAGUUUAUGGAAAUAAUUGGAAAUUGUUUGUGAAGAAUGUUUUAUGGUUAAGACUAAUAAAUGUGUUUACCACCAUUCAGAGCUUCAAAUAAAAGAAAUGAAAAAUCAGGUAUUAGAGAGAAUAUGGGAAAGGAGAGGGGAUGUCCAACAGGUAGAUGAAUGGGGUAAAGGUCCAAAAGAAUAAAUUAGAGGGAGGGUGAUUAACAUUCAGGAAGCAGGAGAACAUGUGAAUGAUACAAUAUAGCAUCAAAUGGUUUACUGAGAUAUUACAGCAAAAAAGAGUGAAUGGGUAACAGCAAAUAAGGAGGGUGUGUGUUUGCCCCUGGCCUGGUCAUCUUAUAAUGUACUGUAGUAGGAAUGAACAAAAGAUAAAUUUAAAUCUCUUUGUAAUCAUUUUAUUUUGGUGCAUCACCACUAAUCUUCUCAAAAUUAUAAUGUACACUCGCUACAAUUUUUUUUUUUUUUUGCUCUAAGGGUCG